AUGUCGGCAACCGAAGUUCGAGUUGGUGGUUCAGCCGAGACCAUGAAGGCUGUCAACUAUCAAGGCGCCUUCAAGGUCAAGGUGGAGGAUGUACCGAAGCCCACGAUCGAGCAUCCUGAUGAUGUUAUUGUCAAGGUGACCACUGCCGCUAUCUGCGGAUCCGACUUGCAUAUGUAUGAAGGACGCACCGGUGCCCAGGCUGGUAUCACAUUUGGGCAUGAAAACAUGGGUAUUGUGGAUGAAGUCGGCUCCGGAGUCACCCUGCUGAAGAAAGGCGACCGAGUCGUGAUGCCCUUCAACGUUGCAGAUGGACGAUGCCGCAACUGUGAGGAAGGAAAGACAGCCUUCUGCACUGGUGUUAACCCUGGAUUUGCCGGAGGCGCUUAUGGCUAUGUAGCCAUGGGACCUUACAGAGGCGGGCAAGCCCAAUAUAUUCGCAUUCCCUAUGCGGACUUCAACGCUUUGAAACUGCCCCCUGGCACCGAGCAUGAGCAGGAUUUCAUCCUCCUCGCCGACAUCUUUCCAACGGGAUGGCACGGCGUGUCCCUCAGCGGGUUCAAGCCCGGUGAGAGCAUCGCCGUCUGGGGCGCCGGACCCGUCGGGUUAAUGGCUGCCUACUCGGCUCAACUCAGAGGUGCAAGCCGCGUCUACGUCGUGGACAGAGUGCCCGAGAGGUUGGCAGCUGCGGAGAAGAUCGGGUGUAUAGCUAUUGACUUCAGCAAGGGUGAUGCGGUGGACCAGAUCAUCGAGAAGAACGGCGGGAUGGUGGACCGGGCGGUGGAUGCUGUCGGAUACCAGGCUGUGGACACUGGAGGGAAGAAGGAACAGCCCAAUAUUGUGCUGGAGAAUAUGAUCCGGGCGACUAGACCAUGCGGUGGGUUGGGCAUUCCAGGUCUUUAUGUGCCCACAGACCCAGGAGCGCCCGACGAGGCCAGUGGCAAGGGCAUGAUCAGCAUGAGUUUUGGCAAGUUGUUUGAAAAGGGUCUUUCUCUGGCCACCGGCCAGUGUAACGUCAAAAACUACAACCGCUAUUUGCGAGAUCUCAUCAUCUCGGGCAAGGCCAAGCCUUCCUUCGUUGUCAGUCAUGAGAUCGGCAUCGACGACGCAGAGAUGGCAUACGACAAGUUCGACAAGAGGAUCGAAGGUUAUACCAAGGUCUUGAUCCAUCCGAAUGGGCCGUUGUGA